UCUAGAAAAAAAAACAAAAGAAAGAAGAAAACACUCAUUCGAGCGAGACAUUCUGGCAAAAGUUCUAUUUCAGGAUGUCAAAUGUUUUCUCAAAAGAAUAAUGCGGUUUCUCUUUAGGUUUGCGUUUUUAUAAGUAUGCGUCUCUGUGAAUGAUCUCUUAUCUCCUAAGGCAAAUAUUUGUGGAACUCAAAUCAAUGUUUUUCUUUUUUUUCUUUUAUGAAACCAACUUCCCUGUCACAAGCGGUAAUAUCGAGGCCAUAAAGACGUGUACUUUCCACGAGACUCAAAGAUCAAUAUAAAUCCCUUCACUUCUUCACUUCUCGCGAGAACCUCGUGUCCCAAAUGGAUCCCAUCCCGCUCGGCCCGUGGUCCGGUCUCCAAUCGGAUCGAUGACGCUGCGUUCAGCCAGCCAAUAACGUGCAGGUAAACAAGGCAGCGGCCAUGGACACCGGUAGGUUAACAGAACUGCCCCACCCUCCCCUAUUUUUACUCCCAUCGUUUAAAAGCUGACUCAAACUGCUAGCACGAAAGAAAACCCCCCAAAAAAACCAAACCCUGCGAACCCUCCUCAUCUGCAAUGACGGAUCAAGUCAAAGAGCUGGUGUCCAAGUGUCUGCAGGCCCGGGACAUGGCGUACUGUCCCUACAGCCGCUUCCCCGUCGGUGCCGCCGUGCUGACGGCAGAUGGCGCUAUAAUCACAGGCUGUAACGUGGAGAACGCCUCCUACGGUCUGACCGUGUGUGCUGAGCGGACUGCCGUGCAGAGGGCCGUGGUGGAGGGACACAGACGGUUCACUGCCAUUGCUGUGGCCUGUGAUAUCAAAGACCGUUUUGUUGGGCCGUGUGGAGCGUGUCGACAGGUUCUUAUGGAGUUUGGAUCGGACCUGACGGUAUACUUGACCAAGCCGGAUGGAACGUACAAAGAAACCAGCCUCAGUGAGCUGUUGCCUCUAGCCUUUUCCCCGGCCCACCUCGCAGAGGACUGAUGAAACCUCAGCUCGCUCUUAGGACAUCACAUUGUUUCGCUGCAGCGUUUUAAAAUGUGUGUUUGCUUUUUUUUAGCAACACUGCAAAUUACGAAAACAAUAAAAAAAUACUCUACCCCCUCAACAUGUGUGAUUAU